CGCCAGCGACCCGUUCCACUCUCGACUCUCUCCGCCUCUCGCGCUUCCUCCCACCGACGCCACGAGCCGAGACGAGACGAGGCGACGCCCCGCUCCUCCAUCCGCCUCGCCACGCCACGCCACGAGGAGGAGGAGAGGCGAGGAGACGAGAGGCAGCUCGUCCGCCCGCCAAAAAUAGGGCGGAUCGGGCACAUGGGCGUCCCCUCCGCGCCCGCGCCCGACGCCCACCGCCGCGGCGUCUUCCUCCUCUCCGUCGGUGCUGGUGGCGGCGGCGCCGGGACUGCGGUGGUGGAGGUCGAGGUGGAGCACCCGCACUCGCUCUCCCUCUCGCCGCCGCCCAUGUCGUCCUGCGGCCGCUACAUCCUCCACCGCGUCUGCAGGUUCGACACCCUCGCCGGCGUCGCCAUCAAGUACGGCGUCGAGGUGGCGGAUGUGAAGCGGGUGAACGGCCUCACCACCGACCUCCAGAUGUUCGCCCACAAGACGCUGCGGAUUCCGCUCCCCGGUAGGCACCCACCCGCCGCCACCGCCACCGCCACCGCGCCAUCCCAUCCUCCUCCCUCCUCUUCCCCUGCCGCCACCCAUCGUCCCAGAGAAUGGGCUACGCGGCGCCCUCCGAAAAAUUCUGCCUUGGAUCCACUCCUGAAACCACCGCAGAGCACAGUUGCACCAUCCAUGGACCUCUUGCAGAACUACUAUGGCCUUGCUCGACCUCCAAAGGGGGACCCAGAAAAUGAAGGCACUGAAAUGGCGACAUACAGUAUAGGUCAGCAUACGAAAGCUAGAAGCUUAUCAACGGGCUUUUCUCUUGUAAAUGGUGAGGUUGACGAUGCUGAAAAGCCAAUAAGACGCCGCCAGAAAUCUGAUGCUGAGUUCUCAACAAGGGAGGGCAACAGUGGUGGUGUACUGAUGAAGGCCGGCCCGGGCUUGGCGCUGAGGCCAAAAUCUGGCAGUCGACCGGAAAUAAACAACAGCCAGCAAGAUCUUGUAGCAACCGCAGUGCCUUCAUAUGGUGAUGGAUUGCAAGCUGUGAGGAAGUCAUCAAGCACCCCAGAAUUCCAAGAUUCAGACAACAGCAUUGCAUCUGUGUGGCUUAAGAGCAAGUGGAACUUAAAACCAGAUGCAUUCACCCUCCCUCUCCCAAUCCUGCUUCUCGACAGCAUUCCAAAGCCUAUUUUCGACACCUUUCCGAAGCAAAUUGCUGCUUGGAGAAACAAGGCUGCCAGGGAUUAGUAAGGUUUGCAUCUUGGUUAUGUGCUUUGCAUGUAAGGGUUGUUCUUGGUUCAGAAUAGGCCUGGAGGAGUUCGGGGUUGGUUUAUUUCUCCCCAGCCAAACAGAAGAACUGGUUCAGGCAGUGGAUAUUAUAAAGACAGAAACACUUCUAGAUCUAUAACUUACAGGGAUGGUGCAAAAUGAUGUGUUGGAUAUAUUAAACACUAGAGUUCAAAAUACAUAUUACAGUGUACUAAAUCUGUUGCAGCAAAGCAGCAGCAGUUGUUUUCCUGUCAUAAAUUUAUACUAGUUGGGACCUGAAUGCCCCUUUGGGGCUUAUUGGAGCUUAUUCUUUUGUACACAAUGCAGAACUGCACAUAGGAAAUAUAUAGAUCAGAGGGAAAGAAUCAGAAUGUGUGUUCUUCACUUGUUCUCGUUACUAAUAAAGAGAAAAGAGGUGGCUUUAUCCGUUCCUUA